UUUCCUGCCCGUGCAAUGGCGGUUGCUCUGUGCCCCCCACAGUGCCGCUCAGAGGCUGAGCUUAUGUUCCUGCGCAGCACUCUGAGGGUGAUCCCCAGCUUCCACCGAUACUCCCAGCACAUGCAGCUAAUGUUGGCCAGAGUGGUGCGCUACGAGAGGUUUGGCCGGCGCAGGGUGGUGGUGCGGAAGGGGCACCGCGGGAGCAGCUUCUAUUUCGUGUUCUCGGGACAGAUCGCUGUCACGCAGGACCAAGAUGGCAGCAGCGCUUUCACUGACCCUGAACCCAUUUUCAUGAGGAAGGGGGCCAGCUUUGGGGAAGUGGCUCUGCUGAAGGGCCUGCGCAGGAACGCCACCAUCGUGUGCAUGGAGGAGACGGAGCUGCUGGUGGUGGACCGGGAGGACUUCUUCAGCCACCAGCUGGACCAGGAGCUGCACCGCGAGUUUCAGAGGAGAUACUGCUUCUUCAGGUCCUUGGAUCUGUUCUGCAGCUGGUCGGACAAGGACCUAGUGACUCUGGCAGACCACUGCAAAGCAGAGGAGUUCAACCAUGGCCAGGUGAUCCUGAGAGACAGCAGUGAGACCAAGAACAUCAUCUUCAUCACCAAGGGGCGCUGUGACGUGCUGCGAUUGGUGGAUCUCAGUGAGUGCCCAUCCUAUCACAGGUGGAUCAGACAGCAGGAGGUGCUGCUGGGGAAAUCACUGCGUUCCAGCCUGACAGGUAGGGAUACUCAUCAGCCUUUCGCAGUUGCGUGUGUCAGUCCCAGUAAAGUGCGAUGUCUGUGCAGGGGUAUGUCGCAGCUGGAGGAGCUGGCUCUGAGGAGGGGGCUGAGGAAAGACAGUCUCUGCUGCCCAGAGGGAGAGCUGCCCAGUGACAUGGUGGCGGCUGUCUACCUGCGAAUCGAUGCACUUAGGUCCAGACAGCACUUUAGGGCAGUAGAUGUUGAGUACAUCGAAAUCUGUCUGGAAAAGCAUGGCAGACUUCCACCGCAGCAGGUACAAAAUGUAUGGGACAAGCCUUCCUCCUGCAGAGACCCCCGGGCCAUGGUCCUCGUCAGCCAGGGGUGCGAGGUGAUCCGCGUCAAGCUGGACAAGUUCAGUGAGAUGGUGGAUCGCGAGACACUGGGGAAACUGAAGAGAGGGAACCACAGCUAUCCCAGCAUUCAUUGA